CUACACAACACAACACCCGCAUCAGCUCGAAGCACUAUCCACCAACCGACAUCAUGAGCUCACCAAAAGAACAAACCCAAGUCAACGGAAUUACCAUGCGCGAAUCAUACUCUGGAGAAGGAGAGGAACGAACUGAACAAGGGGGCCAAAUACCCCAUACUGCGCUGGCACCAUCUGUGGUUCAUCCCAUAGAAGAAACACAAGUGGAGCCCGACAGUGGGAUCCAAUCUAGCCCACUAAUUCAAAGUGUUCGCUCGGAGAGACAUGUGUAUUCUACAGACUUCUCAGCUGAAAAAACCUCGACGAUGGAUGGAGCGUUACAGGGCGCCAUCCGUAGAGGGCGACCCAUCAGCAAGAAGGAGCGAGAGAAUAACACCAUUCGCAUGCGGAAACAGCGAAAGCUGAUCAGAGAGCAAAAGGAUAAGAUCAAAAGUCUUAUUCCCCGUGCCCAAGGUCACGCACCUCCCAUUAAGGACCUUCAUCUCUGGACUGAAGUGGCCGAUCAUAUUGAGGAUCUGCUAGGCGAAAACGUCAGAUUGAAAAGAAAGGUCGGGUACAUCGCACCAGCCCAAGAUCCCGAUAUUUUCGUAGCAGACGACUUCCAAGCGAUGGCUGUCAACGGGCCCAACAAUAAAGCAGGCAUUAGCCUCUCUGAAUCGCUGCGAAUGCCCUACUUGCAGUGGGAGGACCCUAUUCGUAGUGACGUGGGAACAGAGUUGCUCCCAGUCGCUGGUCCAUCCAGUCUAGCGACAACC